AUGGCAGAAUGCAGUUCUAUUAGACCCCAUGUGCUGAAGAUGAUUGAACUCAUCGAGAGACUUGGACAAUUGGGAUUAGCAAUGGAUCAUGAGCUUAGUAUAGACUUAGUUCUACAAUCUCUUCUUGACAGCUUUAGUCAGUUCAUGUUGAACUUCCAUAUGAAUCGAUUGGAAGCCACUUUUCUUGAACUUUUGAAUAUGCUAAACAUGGUAGAGUGGUCCAUCAGGAAAGAUAAAGGAUCAUUGCUUCUUGUUUCUUCUUUUGAGGCUCAUACGAAACAACAGAAGAAGAAAGCCCAAAAAGGGAAGAAGGUAAAAUCUCAAAAUGAGAAGGUGCUGAAGCCUAAGAGAGGUGUCAAAAAGGACAAAGAGAAAGAUAUUUUGCCAUCAUUGUGGCAAACUUGGGCAUUGGAAUAG